AUUUGUAAAAAAAACCAAAUCAAUCAUGACUGACAAAAAGAAUCUUUUGUUGCUGUUCGAUCGCCCCACCGAACCGGUGUUCAUGCAAAAGGGUAAAACCUCCACGGUCUUCGAUGUUCCCGAUAAGUAUUUGACCAAACGCUAUGAACGUUUGGGCAAUGAAAUUCAAAGUCGUUUUGGUGAGAAGGCCGAGCAACGUGUACCGGUACGUGAAAUAUCCCUACCCGAUUUACGUAUUCCCAUGUCGUUGGGUCGUGAUGAACAAUUCUCAUUGUUUGUGCCACGCCAUCGCCGUAUUGCUGGACGUUUGAUUGAUAUUUUCGUUGGCAUGCGCACCGUUGAUGAUUUGCUUAGUGUUGCUGUAUAUGCUCGUGAUCGUGUCAAUCCUUAUUUGUUCAAUUAUGCCCUUUCGGUGGCACUGUUGCAUCGUGAAGACACCAAGGGUUUGGAUUUGCCAUCAUUUGCCCAAAACUUCCCCGAUAAAUUCGUUGAUUCUCAGGUCUUCCGUCAGGUGAGAGAAGAAGCCACUGUUGUUCCCGAUGGUUCGCGUAUGCCAAUUGUUGUGCCUCGUGAUUACACCGCGUCCGAUUUGGAUCCCGAACAUCGCUUGUGGUAUUUCCGUGAAGAUAUGGGUAUCAAUCUACAUCACUGGCAUUGGCAUUUGGUGUAUCCCUUCGAAGCUGGAGAUCGCCGUAUUGUUGACAAGGAUCGUCGUGGUGAACUUUUCUACUAUAUGCAUCAACAGGUUAUUGCCCGCUACAAUAUGGAACGUUUCAGUAACAAUUUGCCUCGUGUAACCCGAUUCAAUAACUUCCGUGAACCCAUUGCAGAGGGUUAUUUCCCAAAAAUGGAUUCCUUGGUUGCCAGUCGUGCUUGGCCACCACGUUUCGAUAAUACCCCUCUGCGGGAUUUGAAUCGUGAAUUGGAUCAAAUUAAUUUGGAUAUAUCCGAUUUGGAAAGAUGGCGUGAUCGCAUCUUUGAGGCCAUCCAUCAAGGUUUUGUCGUGGAUGCCAGUGGUAAUCGCAUUCCCUUGGAUGAACGUCGUGGUAUUGACAUUUUGGGUAAUAUGCUUGAGGCCUCCAUCAUCUCACCCAAUCAAUCGGUGUAUGGUGAUUUCCACAACAUGGGCCAUGUCUUCAUUUCCUAUGCCCACGAUCCUGACCAUCGUCAUUUGGAAUCAUUUGGUGUUAUGGGAGACUCGGCUACGGCAAUGCGUGAUCCUGUCUUCUAUAGAUGGCAUGCCUACAUUGAUGAUAUUUUCCAAGAACACAAGACCCGUUUGCCAGCCUACACUUUGCCUCAAUUGCAAUAUGAUGGUAUCUCCAUAUCUGGACUUCAGGUCAGUUCCGAUGGUGGCCAGCCCAACGUGUUGAGUACAUUCUGGCAACAAUCUGAUGUUGAUUUAUCACGUGGCAUGGACUUUGUGCCACGUGGUAAUGUCUUUGCUCGAUUCACACAUUUGCAACAUACGCCCUUCACCUAUACAAUUAAUGUGAAUAAUGAUAGUGGUGCUCAACGUUUUGGUACGGUGCGUAUCUUCUUGGCCCCAAAGACUGAUGAACGUGGUCAGCCAUGGUUGUUCCGUGAUCAACGUUUGAUGAUGGUGGAAUUGGACAAGUUUGUUGUGCAAUUGAAUCCCGGACAAAACACAAUUCGUCGCCGUUCCACAGAGUCUAGCGUUACAAUUCCCUUCGAACGUACAUUCCGUAACUUGGAAGCCAAUCGCCCAGCUCAAGGUAGUCCCGAAGAAUUGGAAUUCAAUUUCUGCGGAUGUGGCUGGCCUCAGCAUAUGUUGAUACCCAAGGGUCUGCCCGGUGGUUUGCGUUGCGAAUUAUUCGCCAUGGUCUCCAAUUAUGAAGAUGAUCGGGUUGAUCAAACCUUGGUUGGUGCCUGCAGUGAUGCCGCCUCCUAUUGUGGUGUUCGCGAUCGCCUCUAUCCCGAUCGUCGUGCCAUGGGCUAUCCAUUCGAUCGUCUGCCACGUCAAGGUGUUGAUCGUUUGGUACAAUUCUUAACACCGAAUAUGAGCAUUGUUGAUGUAACGAUUCGUCAUGAUGCCGAUCGCAUUGUAAUGAGACAAUAA